AUGUUCACUGCUAGUAUUCGUCUUGAGCGGUUGUCGAGCAAGAGUUUCGUUUUGCGUCGACUUGCCAGUAGUCUAAUAGACGUUUACUCAAAAAAUGUUAGCAGCGGAUUGUUGAAUGAUGAUCAAUUUCAGAGGAAAAUAAUAACGGAUUUUGAGCGAUUAAGAAAUGAGAUCGACGUGUACGAGCCGUCGCAAAUUAAUCGAAACACGGGAUUUUGGGAGUUUUUGAGGAAACCCAAAGAAUUGAACGUGCCGAAAGGGAUCUACCUAUACGGGUCCGUUGGAUGCGGCAAAACGAUGCUGAUGGAUUUAUUUUUCGAGAAUUGCGCGACGAAAAAAAAGCGAAGAGUCCAUUUCAAUGAUUUCAUGCUCAACGUUCAUAAAAGAAUGCACGAAUUGAAAUUAGAAAGCAAUCAGGGACGCGGCAGAUUCGAUCCGGUGCCAUUGAUCGUCGAUGAAAUUAUCGCGAGCACCAGUUUGCUCUGUUUCGACGAAUUUCAAGUGACUGACAUCGCCGACGCAAUGAUUCUGAAGCGAUUCUUCUCGAUGCUAUUUGAACGCGGUUUGGUUAUGGUGGCCACUUCGAAUCGGGCGCCGCAAGAAUUGUACAAAAACGGCCUUCAGCGUCAUCAAUUUGUUCCAUUCAUUCAUAUUUUAGAGGAAAAAUGCAAAACGUUGACAUUGGACAGUGGAAUGGAUUAUCGACGAUCAUCCGGCGAUCCCAACGACAUAUCGGUAUUUUUUGUCGGAAAUGACGCCAAUAAGCAAUGUGAUAUCGCAUUUAAACAAUUAGCUGCGAACGAAACAGAUAAUGUGCGCUCAAAAACGCUCGAAAUUCUCGGUAGAAAAGUGAUUGUCGAAAAAUGUUGUGGAGGCGUCGCUGAUAUCGAGUUUCGCGAGCUGUGCAUGACCCCAAAAGGCGCCGCCGAUUAUUUGGUCCUUGCGCGUGUAUUCCACACAAUCAUUAUUAGAAACGUUCCGGUUUUAACGCAUGACAGAUGCAAUGAGAUGAGACGAUUCAUUACAUUAAUUGAUACACUUUAUGACCAAAAGGUGCGCGUUGUGAUCGGCGCUGAUGCUCCCAUCGAGGAACUAUUCCAAUUUGACGGUCAUAAUACAGCUCCCGAUCAACUAAACGAUUCAAAGAGAAUGCUAAUGGACGACCUUGGAAUCAAAGCUGAUCAGGAAGGCAUGAAAGCCAAUGUGUUUAGCGGCGAUGAAGAGGCGUUCGCGUUUCAUCGAACGAUCUCAAGACUCUAUGAGAUGCGCACCGAAAAGUAUCGAGCUCAACGAAGACCGCACAAUUCGCCAAUAGGAUCUCUGUAG